UUGAAUAAAAUUAAUCAAUAGUUUAUUUAAUAAUAAUAAUUUUACACAACAAUAUGAUUUAUUAUUUACUUAAUAAAAUAAUAAUAAUAUCACUACUGAUAAAUGAAUCUCGACAAAUAUGUAUUUUUAAUAAUUAAUAAUGCGCUUGCUCGUACGCGAUAAUUAAACUCGAGAGAUCGAAGAUGAACCAGCAGCAUGGAGGCCGGAGUCUAGUCUGUGUACUUUUGGGGCGGUAGUUGUGUGUCACUGCUGUUAAAUAAAUCCACGUAAACUAAGUCAAAUAAUAUUUUAUUAAUAAUGUAUUCAAUAGUUAAUUACAAUAUUAUUAUUGUGGAAAUAAUAAAAUGACAUUUAAUUAUUAAGUGUAAAAUUGUUGUUGGUAAAAAAAAAAACCACAGACGCCAAUGUGCGUACAAACGCAACAAAAAUUUUUUAUACUCAUAUUUUAUUGACGUGUGAUAAAAGCCAAUUGGAAUUAUUUAUUUUACAUGGAUAAAAAAUAUUUCAUUUGCUGGAUACUUGAUUUAUUUUAUUAUUUUUAUUUAAAUUAAAUAAAAAUUAAUGAUUAUUAAUUUUGAAAAUUUAUAUAAAUAUUUUUUAUAUUGUGUUUAUUGUAGUUAUUGUGAUAAUAAUGACGCGCCGCAAUUCGGAGGCAGCAGCUUCCGAUGAGCGGCGACUACGAUACCAAGAGUAUUAUACGAUCAUCAGGAAAAUCAUUGUCCGUGGUGUCGAAUAUUAAAGUGAGAGUGUCGUCACGACGUGAGUUAUCGCCUUCUCCGUGUGCCAAGAAGAGACGAAAGUACAAUUGUGAAAGCUGUAAAUCAUUUAAUGAGGACAAUAUGGCAUCACAAAAUUCAAAUUCACCUGGAAUUGGAAAUUUAACAUCAUCAUUAUCAACGGCGGGAUCAUCAAUUGCAGCACCAGUAUCAUCACAGUUGCCAUCAUCAUCAUUGUCAGUAUCAACAUCAUUAUCAACGCCCUCGUCGUCUACAUCAACAUCACCGUCGCAGUCACCCUCGCCGUCACCUAUGCUGUCGCCGUCCUCCAUCUCUUCAAUGUCUCAAGGACUUCAACAAACUGCUCCUCAUCCUCAACAGAAAUCAAAUAAUUUUGAGCCACUCGACAAAAGCUCGUCCAAUACUUUGAAGAGAAAUCCUAAAAUGGAGCUGAGUAAAACCGAUCUAUUGAAACUUCUUGGAUACUUGGAAGGAGAAUUGCAAGCACGUGAUAUAGUAAUAGCUGCAUUAAAAUCUGAAAAAAUGAAACAUUUACUGAGCUCACGAUAUAGAAGUGGCACAGCAGAUCCACAUGCUGCGUUAGCACGGGAUGUAGCUAUUGUGGGUGGUGUUAUACGUAUGGAGAACAAUCAAACAGACCGACAAGUUGCUAGUCUAGAGGCCCUUGUAACUCAGCAGAGACGUAUGCAAUGUCGCAUGGCUAAAGUUCUUAAAGAAGCGGAAAUUCGACAUAGAACGGUAAUAAAAGAAUUAGAAGAAGAGAAACGUAAGCACGAACACGACACAGCACAGGGCGAUGACAUCACAUAUGGACUGGAGAAAGAACGCACGAGACUGAAAAAAGAAUUAGAAUUAGAAAGACAAGAGAAAAAACGACUGGAGAUGGAAUUGAAAAAAGAAAAUAUAGCACUUGAAGUUGAAAAAUCACGACAAAAACAAAUAGUACUUUUAUUAUUAGCAGAACGUAAAAAAAUAAUAAUGAAAUAUAUUGAAGAGAGAAAACGUUCGGAAGAUUUAGCCCAGAUAUUGAGCGAAGAAAAAGUACGUAUUGAUUCAAUGGCCGAGGGAUUAGAAGAAGAAAGUAAAAAGUCAUUACAAAUGGAGGCUGAAGUUGAAAAACAACAAGCGCAAUUUGACAUGGAACGUCAGCAAUAUCGUCAAGCGCUCGCUAAAGCUGAAAAACGUAAUAAGGAAUUGGAAGCGGAUCUUGAGGGGUUGAAAACGGAGGUUGAGUCGUGGAAAAAUGGUGCUACUAUGCGUAGUGUACGUACACCACUGGGAGUUACUCCACCUCCACCUCCAGCGAAGCCUGCUAAUUUAGCAGCAAUACCGACACUAAGACCUUCUGGUAGUGCUGCACAAUCUCUUAAAGGAUCAGCUGUUCUGGGCACUGGUACACCAAUGGUCAGUAGUAAGGUCGUUCAACCGACUGCGACUGUUUCCAGUGUACCUGUAAGCGGUCCAACUACAGGAAUUGCAAGAUCAGUGACACCGCGACAAGUAAUGAGAGGUGUUACUUAUGGAGCAGCUGUACCCGCGACACCAAUUACAAAUGUCACAACAGGUACUUCAAAUGUGUCACUUGCUAAUACCAAUGUUACGACGAUAUCUAGUGUAUGCACUACAACAACAGUCACUACUGCCCCAACAAACAUCAAUGCAACUACAGCACCACCGAUUCCUGGUGGUGUUGAAUCAACGGCCUCGGAGCCUCAGACAACGGACAAGCGUACGCUAACAUCAGCAGUACCAGUCCUAACAUCAUCAUCUUCAUCAUCAUCUCCAUCACCAUCACCAUCAUCAACAACAGCAUUAUCAUCACCUGGAGCAGGACAACUAACAGGAACUAAAAAACCUCUUAUUCCAAGAGGAAUUCCACCUCCUGUGCCGCCCAAUAAACCAGUCGUUCCACCGAAAAAAGAAGCCGCUGCUUAUAUGAGACGACCUGAUCCAAACUCAAUCCAAGAAACUUUAAAAAUAACCAAGUCUCCAGCUGGUCCAUGUCAACCACCCAUUCCAGCUUCAUCUCUCAUUCAACCAGCAUCAGUUAGUCCUAUUCCAAGUCAUCAAAUUGAAGAGACCAAGCCACGUUGAUUACUUUGUACGCAAUAUCAAGAACAACUGAAAUUAAGCUAUUGCUGAUACACAGAAAUUGAUUGUUGGAAAAUAAGAAACUUUUAUCGAAGUUUCUAUUGCACUAUUGCACUUCACGCAUUAAAAAAAAGCCUCCACUCAGGAAUAUUUUCGCAAUCAUUAUCAGGAAGCUAUGAAAUUGAUCUGAUUACGUUUGUGAUGUUACCACUGCCUCGUGAAUACUUGUGUGGAUUUUUUUUUCUGGUGAUUACUGGAGACUGUAAAAAAAAUUAUAAAAAUAAAAACAUUAAACGGUUAGUAGAAAUGUUGCUUAUAAUAAUAGACAUAAUAAAUUGCAGCUAAAUUAAUAAAACAUCACCAUGAAAAAUAAAAUAGCGAUUAUCAAAAAAACAUAAAUAAAAUAUAACGAUAGUAAUUGUAUUGAUAUGCUGGAUUUGCUACUAUGUAGACGCAUUACUAUUAAAUAAUUAUUACGCACGACAAAUUGUCGGCAUGUACAUUGAUAUAUUUCGUCCCAAAUUUUGAGUUUAAUCCAACUUGCAAUAUCGUUACAGUCUUCCAGAUAUUUCUAUAAUCAUUAAUCAUUUUAUUAUUAUUUAUUUAAUUACUAAGUAUUGCAAUAUAUUAAUAAUUAAAUGUAUUAUUAACAAGUUAAUUUAAUUCGCUCACUGUCUACAAGACACUCACUUUUAUUUGCCAGAUCAUUAGGAAAUAAAUUAAUAAACUUUUUAAAAAUAAAUAAUUGAUAGAGACAUGCGUCCAUUAUGUCUCUGAUAGUUUUUACAAAAAAAAAAAAAAAAAAAAAAUAAAAUACUCAAUCGUUUUAAUAUUUAUAACGUAUUCUCGU